AGGGAAUGUAGAAGAAAGUCCGGUUGCCUUUUGAAAAAGCACUUUUGGGACAGCCGAACUUCCUCUUCCUUAUCGCUCAUGGGAGAAGAGUGGUGUGCAGAGUGGCUCCUGUCGUUUCCCACGGUCGAAGCAGCAGCUGGCAGACAAACAGGAUGGCAAUAAGAGCAUUCGGAACAACUGUAAAUAACAAGCAACGUUGAAAAGGGAAGAAAAUCAAGCCAGAAAUCAAAAUGUUUUCCGUUUCCUUCAGAAAACCAUACAAAUCAUAGCUGAUUAUGCACAAGAGGAGCCAGAGAGGAGAACAGAAAUACAAAUUACAUGAAUGUGGCAAAAACUAUGGUCAGAACAAAUCCCUUGUUGUUCACUGAAGCACCCAGAAGCAAGAGGGAAGCCACAAAAAUGCUCCCAAUGCAGUAAAUGCUUUAGUGAGUAUGGCAACAUGGUGCUACAUCAGAUAACUCACAGGAGGGAGAAAACGUAUGACUGUGCAGAUUGUGUGAAAGUUUCAUUUGAGAUUCCCAGGUCAUGAGACAAUAAAGGACAGGCACACAGGAAUAAAAACCAUUUGAACAUCCUUUCUGUGGGAAAAAGUUUCAGUGAGAAUUCCAUCCUGGUGAAGCACCCGAGGACUCACACAGAAGAGAAAACCUUUGAAUGUCCUGAUUAUGGGAAAGUCACAAUUCCAGCCUGGUGAUACACCAGAAGAUUCACAUAGGAAAGAAAUGAUUUGAAUGUCCUGAUUGUUGGAAAACUUUCAGUUAUAAUUGAAAUUGGGUGAUACACCAGAGGAAUCAUAAAGGAGAAAAACCCAUUCAAUGUUCUAAUUGUGGGAGAAGUUUCAGUCAUAAUUCCCGCCUGGUAAUAUAUCAGAGAAUUCACUCCAUGGAGAAAUGUUAUGAGUGUCGAGAUUGUGGGAAAGGUUUCAUUAGAAAUUCCCACCUCCUGAGACACAAGACCACACACACAGGAGAGAAACCUUUUGAAUGUCCUAUCUGUGGGAAAAGCUUUAGUGAUAAUUCCAAUCUGCUGACACACCAGAGGACUCAUACAGGAGAGAAACCCUUUGAAUGUCCUGACUGUGGGAAACGUUACAGUCAGAAUUCUCACCUGGUGAUACACCAGAGGACUCACACAGGCGAGAAACCCUUUGAAUGUCCUAUCUGUGGGAAAAGCUUUAGUGAUAAUUCCAAUCUGCUGACACACCAGAGGACUCACACAGGAGAGAAACCCUUUGAAUGUCCUGACUGUGGGAAACGUUACAGUCAGAAUUCCCACCUGGUGAUACACCAGUGGACUCACACAGGAGAGAAACCCUUUGAAUGUCCUAUUUGUGGGAAAAGCUGUAGUGAUAAUUACAAUCUGCUGAGACACCAGAGGACUCACACAGGAGAGAAACCCUUUGAAUGUCCUGACUGUGGGAAAUGUUACAGUCAGAAUUUCCACCUGUUGGCACACCAGAGGACUCGCACAGAAGAGAAAACCUUUGAAUGUCCUAAUUAUGGGAAAGUCACAAUUCCAGCCUGGUGA